CACGUCCUUCCUUGGAACUAGCGAGCAGCAUUCUAACCAGUGUGCCUAUUACUGGACUAAGACAUGCAUCGACAGUAAUGCUUUCUGAACAUUGUUUGGUUUCUGUCAUAUUCUUGCAUGCCAUGGCCUAGGCACACUGUAGGCGCAUCCUCUUACCCAACAUAGUAUUUAAUUAGUUAAACUAUGUACCAAAGUGACUACAAUAGCUCUCCAUACGCAACGUUCGGCGGGUCCCUCUCUCGACAACAAUCGUUAGCACGCCAGGGCUCCCUUCGGAACAGCACAGGGUCCUACGGCAAUGGGUACAACCACGAUGGGCCGUCUGCUUAUGGGGCUCCAAACCGAAACAUCCUGGACAACUACGGCUCGUUUGCGCAGCGGCCUGGCAGCGGCCGCGGGGGGCCAGCCUCCGGUAACAUGGGUCUUGGAGGCCGCAUCAGCAACUCAGGCAGCGGCACGGCACUCUACAGCAGCUCCUCGGGCGGGGCCUCCGUCUUGCCAGGUGCCAGCUCACGCCCCGCCGUUUCGGGCGGGUGGGCCAGUGCGACAGGGGGCGGCAAGGAGCCCCUAUCACAGCGCCUAGCGCAGGUCAAAGCGGUGUACAACGCGGCCCGCCUGAACCGCAGCCUGGGCAACAUGCUGCAGGGCGGCGGCACCGCCAACCGACCCGAGGUGCGCGCAGCGGCUGCUGCUGCUGCUGCUGCUGCUGCCAGCCCAGGCCGCGGUGGGGGCCGGACGGCAACACCAACGCGUCAGGGUGGUCAGCGCCCCGUUGGCUUCACCUGCUACCUGUGCGGCCAGCAGUACGGCAGCCAGAGCCUGAUGGUGCACAUCCCGCAGUGCCAGAAGAAGUGGGUGAUGGUAGAGUCAAGUAAACCUCGGCUUGAGCAGCGGCCACUGCCCCCCAUGCCCCCUGAGUUGGAGGCAGGGGUGCUGCCCAGCAGUCCGGGUGAGGUGGAGGCGUUCAACAGCCGCAUGUAUGCCUACUGGGACAAGGUGUCGCUGGUGGCGUGCCCCAUCUGUGCACGGACGUUCAGGCCUGACGCCUUUGAGCGCCACGCCAAGGUGUGCACCCCGAAUAACCCCGGCGGACCGCUGGGACCCAACAAGCACGCAACCGCCAGGCCGCCCUCCGCUAGGCCGCCGGGAAUGGGGGGCGGGGGCGGCGCCGCCGGCCGGCCAGCAAGCGCCGCGCGCCCCGUCAGCGCUGGCCGCGGGUACGGCACCGGUGGCGGCGGCGGCGGAUACGGUGGUGGCGGCGGCGGAGGCGGCUCUCCUUCUCCGUCGCGUGUGCCGGCCCGUCAGGGUGGUCAGCGCCCCGUUGGCUUCACCUGCUACCUGUGCGGCCAGCAGUACGGCAGCCAAAGUCUUAUGGUGCACAUCCCGCAGUGCCAGAAGAAGUGGGUGAUGGUGGAGGCAAGCAAGCCCCGCCGAGAGCAGCGGCCGCUGCCCCCCAUGCCCCCUGAGUUGGAGGCAGGGGUGCUGCCCAGCAGUCCGGGCGAGGUGGAGGCGUUCAACAGCCGCAUGUAUGCCUACUGGGACAAGGUGUCGCUGGUGGCGUGCCCCAUCUGUGCACGGACGUUCAGGCCUGACGCCUUCGAGCGCCACGCCAAGGUGUGCACCCCGGACAACCCCGGCGGACCGCUGGGGCCCAACAAGCACGCAACCGCCAGGCCGCCCUCCGCUAGGCCGCCGGGAAUGGGGGGCGGGGGAUCCCCUGCACGACCCGCCAGCGCCUCCCGAGCUGCGGGCGGCGGGGGAGGGGGCGGCGGCACGCCACCUCGUCGCGAGGGCGAGCGCCCCCGCGCCUACGUGUGCUACCUGUGCGGGCAGCAGUUCGGCAGCCAGAGCCUGACCAUCCACAUCCCGCAGUGCUAUGAGAAGUGGCUCAAGGUCGAGGCCACCAAGCCGGCCAAGGAGCGGCGCCCUCCGCCGCCACCGCCGCCCGAGCUGGACCAGCCGCUGCCCACCCGCCCGCACGAAAUCGACGAGUUCAACUCCAAGAUGUUUGGCUACUACAACGGGGUCAGCCUGAUGCCCUGCCCCAAUUGUGGCAGGACGUUCAGGCCCGAGGCGCUCAGGGCGCACCAGAAGGCCUGCACCCCCGACAAGCCCAUGGCUCGGCCGGGCGCACCGCUGGCAGGAGGGGGCGGUGGCGCUGCUGCUGGCGGCGGGGGUGGUGGGGGUGGCGGUGGCCCCUCGGAGUACGACGAUGGCUCCGGCGGCGAGCUGGAGAUGUGCGCCAACUGUGGCCGCAAGAUGAGGCCUGACGCCCUGGUGAAGCACCAGCGCAUGUGUACGGCAGCCAAGCCCAUGAAGCCACUGCGGGCGGCUGGCGGGGGGCAGGCGGGGGCAGCGGCAGGGGCGGCCCCCGCCCCCACCCCCGCGCGCGGACCUGCGGGGCGCGGGGGCUUUGGCGGCGGUGGGGGCGGCGGCGGGGGAGCAGGUGGCCGGCCGCCAUCUGGCCAGGGCCAUGCGUACGGCGGGGACGGAGGCGGAGGCGGGGAGCAGCAGGAGGAGGAUGACGCGGGUCCGGAGCCGCCCAAGGUGUCGUACAACCUGCCCCCUGGCGCAGGGGCAGAUGGCGGGGACGGAGACGAGGAGCGGGUGCAGUGCGGCACGUGCGGGCGCCGCUUCCUGCCGGAGGCGUACGACAAGCACGUGCGCGUGUGCGCCAAGGUGUUCGCGGGCAAGCGCAAGGUCUUCAACAGUGCGGCCAAGCGAGUGGCGGGCACCGAGGCAGCGUCGUACUUCAACCCCCGCGCGGCGGCGGGGGCGCGAGCCUCGCCGGCGCCGCCCGCGGGACCUCCGCCCUCCACCGGGGGCAGGCCCCGAGCGGCAGGGGGUGCACGGGGCGGCCCCGGAGGGGCGGCCGCUGGGGGUGCCGCUGGGGGCGGGGGCGUACCAAAGUGGAAGGCACAGAGCAAUGCGCUGCGCCAAGCCAUGCAGCAGAUGCGGCAGGUUGGCGCGGCGCUGGCCCGCGGGGAGGACAUCCGCAACAUCCCGCACGUGCCCUCCGCGCCCGACCCCUCGCUGGUGCAGUGCCCCACCUGCGGCCGCCGCUUCAACGCACAGGCCGCGGAGCGCCACAUCCCGCGCUGCUCCUCCAUCGUCAACAAACCCAAGUUCCUAAAGGCUGGAACGGGCGGUGCGGGCAAGGGAGCUCCCGACAGCAAGCCCCUGCCCAGGUGGUGAGGGCAGUGCGGGUGGCGACACGAACCCAGAGCGCUGCUGUAUGUAGUUGUACAUAAACUGCGGAGAAGAUGUCAGCAGAUGCGACCCACGCGACACCCCGCUGCCAGUGACACUGAUAUCUCACCAACUUCGUCCAACAUCGCAUACCUACAUGCAUGCAUGCAUGAGCACGCAGCAACUGACGGGGCAUGUCAACUGAUGACAUUGUGAGUCGUACUGGGGGUGUCUCCUGGUGUUGCGGCUAUUGCUCUCCUGGGAGCAGUUGAUGAUGCACUUAGCUGGUGAUCUGGGCACUACUGGGCACAAUAAGCUACCGCUGGCACUCGCAUGCUCGUGUAUGAUGACACCUCUCGCACCUGUUUCAGUGUAGUUAUGGUUGGCAGUUUGGGUUGGCACGUUGUUGGACCGUUUAAGCGACUGGCGGGAAGGAUGGCUCAGUUGUGACACGAUGACGACUGGUGCUCUCAACUUGAUCGGCAAUGCACACUUCCCUCUUGC